AUGAGCAUCUUCAAAAACUUGUCCAUUUCCUUCUUCUUGUUUGCCACUCUUUUCAUUAAUUUCGCUCAUGCAGCCCGAUUCAACAUAACAAACAAUUUUCCCUAUGUGGUUUGGGCUGCAGCCGUGCCUGGUGGUGAUAGGCAACUCAACUCAAAAGAGUCUUGGCCCCUUGAUAUGAAUGCCAGCACAACUGAGGCUGCGUUUGGGCUCGAACUGGGUGCAUUUUUUAAUGGAUCCGGGCGUGGCAGUUGUCAAACUGGUGAUUGUGGUGGGCUUCUUCAAUGCCAAGCUUAUGGUGCACCCCCAAACACCCUUGCCGAAUUCGCUUUAAACCAAUAUCUAAACCUGGAUUUCUUUGACAUCUCUCUUGUUGAAGGGUUUAAUGUUCCUAUGGAUUUUAGCCCAACCUCUAUUCGUCCAUACUUUAAUGGGUGCAUCAAAGGAAUAACAUGUAUAGCUGAUAUUAAUGGACAGUGCCCAACUGAAUUGAAAACUCCUAGCGGGUACUAUAACAACCCUUGUAUCGUUUUCAAAACAGAUGAAUAUUGUUGCAAUUUUGGAAAUUGUGGGCCUACAACUUUUUCUGAAUUUUUCAAGAAUCUAUGACCAGAUGCUUACAGUUACCCUAAGGAUGAUGCAACAAGCACAUUUACGUGCAAUG